UGGCACCAGCGCUCUCGUCAUGCCAGCCGCGAGGUACUGCGUCAUCACAAGGAGUACCAACUGCAUACUGGCGAGGCCAUGGAAGUGCUGCACUACACCUCUGUGAACUCGCUGCGCGUGACUGUGGACCCGCUCGUCUCGCUGCCCUCCUUCGUCACCGCUCUUGCUCCCGUACUCUCCUCGGCACCAGCUCUCACUCUGCUCCUGAUACUUCCCCGCCUGCAGCCAUGA